CCGACGGCAGAGCGCGUCGCCGAGCUCGGAGCCGCUCCGCUGCAGCCGCCGCCAUGCAGGGCACCAUGAGGUUGUGGCUGUCGGUGCUGACUUUCGCGCUGUCGCUGCUGGUGUGCCUGGGCACGCUGGCAGAGGCGUACCCCUCCAAACCGGACAGCCCCGGCGAGGACGCCCCCGCAGAGGACAUGGCCAGAUACUACUCGGCGCUGAGGCACUACAUCAACCUCAUCACGAGGCAGAGAUAUGGGAAGAGAUCAAGCCCAGAUACACUGAUCUCAGACCUCUUGUUGAGAGAAAGCACAGAAAAUGUUCCCAGAUCUAGGUUUGAAGACCCCUCGAUGUGGUGAUGGGAUUUGCAGCGCAUUGUCAAACUUUUCCUAGUUUUCAAUUCAUACUCCACUCCUCUAAGG